AGAUCAGUGUGUUGACAUGCCUGGGAAUACAGAAGCAGUAGUAACAGGUGGGAAACUUCCUGGAGACGUCCAUGAGAAUCAAACUCACUCAAACUGCGGAAAUGGCCAGAAAGAUCCAAACCCUUGUAUAUUCAACCAUAAAUGGCUUCUUCUUAUAUUCUGGGGAAUCGGACUGUUGCUGUAUCCAUUAUUGGCCUACACUUUUGCCAUCGUUGGAGAUGAAAUCAAGUGCGUUCGAAUGGACAAAAGUAUUGGGAUAACACUUUACGUUCUGCUUGCAGUCCUUGAAAUGCUCAAUAUAGUGCUUUAUAAAAUCUAUGAAAUGCCUAAUGAUUUACAAAGAAAUGAGGUAGGCAUGCUAAACGUAUGUUGGCUAUCAAUCAAAGCUUUCAGCCUGUUUCCUCUCUCGCUGGUGAUGAUUAUUCUCUUUCACACCGAAAAUCUCAGCACACUUCUUUCUGGUGGUGAAGUCAAAGCAUUAAUAUUCUUUCUACCCAAAUUACUUCGACUGUUUACGUUGUCUGCAAAUGCCAUUUCCCCAUCAUCAACCUUUUCUGGGUGGGCUAUUAAGUUCGUUUUUUCAUACCUACUUAUGGCUCAAGGCCUUGGAGCUUACUGGUAUCUCCUAGCCUUGUUCACAGAGGACAAAUGCUGGCAGAAAGCUUGCGGAAACAAAAAUGGCGGAUGCCGUGAUGGUGCAAAUAUUUUAUAUAGUUGUAAAGAAAGUUCAGAAGUAUACGAAUUUGUUACUGGGUUUUGCUCAAGAAAUACGACCAUGUAUGAUUUUGGAGUAUUCCGUGAUGCCCAUCAGUCUGGAGUUCUGGAGAAGAGAGGUCCCGCAGUAACGAGGAUUUUAUACUGUUUUCGAUGGGCUCUGCAAAAUGUCAGUGGUUUUGGUCAGAAGCUUGAAGCAGGUACCCAUGUAUCAGGAAACAUGUUUGUAAUUUUCACAAUCUUCAUUGCAAUGGCGUUGUUUUUCUUCUCGAUGGGGCAAAUGCAGAUAUAUCUGCAUUCGGACUUUCUGAGAUUGAAGAGGAGAGGAAAGAAAUUGAAAGAGACGAAGCUCUCAACGCCCUUCAACAGACUUCCCAAGAGCCUCCGAAAUCAGGUGUUGACGUACAAGCGAAAUCCAGGGGGAGAAACUAGAGGUGAUAAUAUUGAAAGCAUAUUCUGUAAUCUUCCACAGAAUCUCAGAAAGGAAAUUACUCGGGAGCUCUCCUUGGAAAUUCUCAGAGAAGUGGAAGAGUUUGGAAGAUGGGAUGAAGAAUCAUUGAAGAAUCUUUGUGCUUGUCUAAAGCCAACUUUCUAUGUUGAGCACACUCACAUUAUCCGAGAAAAUGACCCAGUUGACCGGAUGAUCUUUGUGGUGCAAGGCAAACUCUGGACCUACUCCUCCAGCCCAAAGGACGAUUCCACAAAUGACUCUGCCAAAGUAUUGUUUUACGGGGAAGAACUUGUGGAUCGGCUUUGGACGAAUCCGUAUACAUCAACCCUCUCAGCCUCAGAAAGAAAUAUUCAAGCUGUUACGGACGUUGAUGCCUUUGUUCUUAUGGCAUAUGACUUGAAAAGGUUAUUGAUAGAGCGUGGCCACACCCCAAUCGCUGCCCAGGGAGCGGACGCCGGAAGCAACAGAGAAACACCCCAACGGUAAUGCAGUAAAAGGUCAGAGAUUUUUCAGGUAUUGAUUACGAACAGACAUAUUCCAAUUCAAUCUGCGUUUAUUAGAAACUUUGGUAUUUAAAUUCAAUAUUGUAUGGUUUUUCCCCUAUCCGCUUAAAUUGCAUAAUAAUAUAUCAAAAUUUGUAUUUGUUUUUGUAGCUGUUGUAGUUUAUAUAGUAUUGCUCUUGGACAAA